AUGGUUGUUAUUCAACACGAGUAUCAAAAAUCACAAGUCGCACAAACAAAUCUUACUGGACAGGGUGACAACGAUCAGCAAGAGUCAAAUCGUAAAGUGUAUUUCUUGAAUUGUCAGAAUCCAUACUCAUCGUCUAGUCCUAUGUAUGGAGCACAAAGAGAGAAAGAAUCCUUCAAAUACACAUGUAAGAGUGAAUGCAAGAUAGCAAUUCCGUCAUCAUUUCUCCAAGCCUACACAGGCUAUCCAUUGCUUUCUGUGAAGAAUGCGGGUAUCAAUCGAACGCCCCAGAUAUCGAACCGUGCCGUAGGUCGACCCAAGCCAUUCGACAUUUUUGAGGCGGGGCAAGAAGUUGAGCGUGAGGAAUGCUUGCUACAAGAGACUUCUAUCCGAGGGUCCUCAUGA